GCCACGUCCCGCGAACCCUGCUACUGACGACGCCGAUGACAUGGUCCGUCAUCGAUCCGAGCGACGAUGCGCGAGGCGCUGAAGGCUCGCCAAUCCAACAUGGACGCCGUGAACGCGACGCACGGCGCCAUGGCGAUGGAGAGCGGACAGAUGCGAGUCGCGGCGCCCGACUACGUCCAGGAGAAGGUCAACCAUCUCAAUGCUGAUUGGGCGCAGAUCCUCUACCUGUCGGCCAAUCUGAGGCCGGCGUCGGAUUCGAGCGUCGAGGCGCUCAUCGAGAGAGAGCAACAGUACGCGGUGCGCGCGGCGCCACCUAUGCAGCGCAGUCAGCCGCAGAAGUCAGCGGCGCCCUCUGGCCAACUCGAGGAGUUUGAGCUUUCGCUCGUGCAGCUUCAUGAUUGGCUGACGCUGCUGGAGCGGAUGCUGGUUACGGAGACUGUCGUCGUCGACGACAUUCCUGAUAUAGAGGGCGCCAGGAAGCGACAGCAG